AUGGGGUUGAGCAAGGAGCCAGACCCCUCCAGGGCGCCCCGCGUCUGCACUGCCUUCACCACAGAGCAGGUCAAAGCCUUGGAGGGAAUGUUCCAGCACCACCAGUACCUGGAUCCCCUAGAGCGGAAGAAGCUGGCCAAGGAGAUGCAGCCAUCAGAGGCACAGAUAAAAACCUGGUUCCAGAAUCGCUGGAUGAAACACAAACGCCAGAUGCAGGACUCCCCGCUGAUGUUUUUCUCACGGCCUCUACACCCACUGCCACCGGCUUUCUGCUCACUGUCUGCUGCCCUGGGCACUGGCCUGCACCUGCUGUGCCCUUGGGCGCCCAGGCCCCAGGCUCUGAUGCUUCUCCCAGGCUCCUUCUGGGGUCUCUGCCAAAUGGAACAAGACUCCCUGGCCUCUGUGUGGGCUUUGUACCACACACAGCCUCCGACGUGCCACCUUCCAGAGCCUGGAAGCUACAUGCACGCACUGGGACCAGCGGUGUCCAUGGGACCCUGGGUCUUGUGUGCUCUGCCAGAGGCUGGGGAUGCUUUUUGA